AUGAAAAUCCACGCAGAAGAACCGACGAGCCCUCGUCAAAGAUGGCCAGCUUUCACGGUUCUUUACAGCUUCGCGGAUGCUGUCGAUAUUCAGCUCAUGAUGGUUGGCUUGGUACUCGCUUUAGUUCAAUCCGUUUUGCCUCCGUUCGUUUGGUUGGUUAUGGGCGAUUUUGUAUCUUUGUCGAUUGUCAGGGAGCAAAUGAAAAUCAACAAAACGGUUCACAUCGAGAUGUUGGAACGGUUGGAUGAAGUUACAAUGAUAAACAGCACUGCAGACGCUGAAGAUCAUCAACUCAUUCGGCAGUCCGCAAUCGAUCGAGAAUUCGAGUCGUCCGCAACGCCAGUCUUUCUCGCUAUGCUUGCGUUAUCUAUCGCCACAUUCAUUUCUGCAUUUUUUCAGAGGUUAGCAUGGGAGGUGUCCGGUAUUCGGCAGGUAUUUCGAGUGAAAAAGGCUUAUAUUAGAAAGUUACUACAUAUGGAUGUUGCAUGGCUGGAGUCAAGACACUCCGGUCAGGGUAUUACCGAUCAUCUGCCGAUGGUCAUAUUUAUAUUCUCGUAUUUAUUGGUAUCACUAGUGGUUUGUUUCUAUAUUCAGUGGGACGUGACGCUGGUCAUGUUCGCUGCACUACCAGUUCUCAUUGGUACUCGAAAGCACAAACAUUCCAAAUUUCAGUGGUUUUGUAAAACGCGAGACGAUGAACAGAAGUUAUUGGCAAAAAUGACGAAUCUUGUGCAAGAAACGUUUUCGUGCAUUCGGACUGUGAUCUCAUUCGCUGCGCAAAAACAAACAAUUAGCAAAUAUGAGCGAUUAAUGGCUGAACAUAAUAUAAUGACUGAGCAACGUUUGACCGCCUCAUCGAUAUACGAUGCUUUAGCACAGGUUCUUUUGACUGAGUUCAUUUUUACGGCUGCAUUAUGUUAUGGUAUGUGGCGGGUCGGCGACAACAAUCCAGGACGUUUAGCUGCUCUAGCCAUCAAUAUGCUGUAUAUGUGUGUCACUUCGAUAAGUAUCGGAUUCCACUUGACGGGUGCUUCAACUGCCAGGCAUAAUGCGGAUGAAAUGAACGAAAUUCUCGAGGAGAAACCAAAUAUUGAAUGUCAUGUGAAUAAACAUAAAGAGAGCAUGAUGGUGCCGAAAGGUCGUGGUUCAAUCAACUUCAGCGACAUUCGGUUCACUUAUCCAAGUCGUCCUGACAUCGAAGUAUUGAAAGGUGUUACAUUCUCAGUGAAGUCGGGCGAGCACAUAGCGAUCGUUGGACCGAGCGGUUCUGGCAAAAGCACAUUAACGGCGUUGAUGUUGCGGUUUUAUGACCCUAAUAGUGGAUCUAUUUGUUUCGAUGGAAUAAAUUUAAAGCGAAUGAAUCCGGAUAUUUUGAGAGCACAGCUUGGAUUGGUCAGUCAGGAGCCUGUUCUGUUUGAUGGCACAAUAGGCGACAAUAUUCGAUACGGGCGAUUGGACGCUACACAAACUGAAAUCAACGAUGCAGCUCGAAAAGCUGAAGCAUGGCAGUUCAUUAAUGCAUUGCCAGAGGGCAUGAAGACGCGUGUUGGCGAUCGAGGUAUGCAACUCUCUGGUGGUCAAAAACAACGUGUUGCAAUUGCACGAGCGGUGAUUCGUAAUCCAGCGAUCAUGAUUUUUGAUGAAGCAACCUCAGCGCUUGAUACGAAGCAUGAAGUUGAGGUACAAAAGGCAAUCGAUGCAGCUAGUCAAGGCAUUACUACGAUCACAAUCGCUCAUCGACUGAGCACGGUACGAAACGCAGAUCGGAUAAUUGUUCUGGAAGGUGGUACAAUUGUUGAGGAGGGUAGUCCUGAAGAUUUACUGGAGAAAACUGAUGGCAAGUUUUAUAGAAUGUACAACGAUCAGAAGCUAGACUCGCUAGCAGUCAAUCCACGUGCAAAAUCAAAAGUUACACUCGCUGCACAUUUCUCGAUGACGCCGCACGAUUUUUUGGUAUUNAAUCAGCAGGAUCCAGAGACGUAUCGUCGCGCAUGGGCGCGUUCCUCAUUGGGCGCACAUAAACGUUUGGGUAAAUCGUAUUCGGUGCUAAGUACAGAACGUGAGAAGUUGACAUUGCCAGUAAUGUCAAAGAAACGAAGCCGGAUGGAUACCGCAUUCCAAACGAAUAUUAUGGAAGUGGCUACAGAGGAGAAGUCGUUCGAAGACGAUCUACCGUUACCGGGUAAAGCAACGAAUUACAAGUCUGUAUGGAAUUUAAUAAAGAGCUAUAAGUCUGGAUAUACGCAUCUUGGCAUUGCGAUUCCAGUGACGAUCCUUAGAGGCUUCUUCUUCUUAUUGGUCUGCUUCGAAGUGGCAUCUGUUCUCGAGAUAGCGUUAGCAUCAACCGAUGAAAUGUCACAACAAGUGUUUAUCACUGCAGCCGUUUAUACGGCACUUAUCAUCAUUAAAACAAUGUUCGAAGCCGUUGGUCGUCUGUUUAUCGCACUCUAUGGUCACGGUUUUUGUGGUUACAUGCGAGGUGAGAUGUUCCGAUCAAUUCUUCGACAUGGUGCCGCUUAUUUUGACGAAGAGCGAAACACUCCCGGCCGUCUUGUGCAUCGCCUUAUCUCAGAUACAGCCAGUUUGAACAGGAUCGUUGGUGAGAAAUUGGAUCUUUUGAUACCGGCGGUAAUUUGUUCAAUUGUUUCGGUCACGAUAGCGUUGAUUAUCAACUGGAAAUUGGCGUUGUUAUGCGGUUUCCAAUUUCCGGCAUUCUUUUUCUUCCGUUUGGUGGAGUUACGCGAGACGAGUAAACGGCAACGUCAAAUGGUUGAACAAGAGAAGAAAGCAGCGAAUCUUGCCACUUUGGUGCUCUCAAACAUGAGCACAAUAAAAGCGUACACUCUGCAAGAACAUUUCAAUAAAAUAUUCUGUGAUGCGUUGAAACCUCUCCAAAGGACCAUGAAACGUCAAUCAUGUAUCAGUUCAUUUGUGUUCGCGUGUCAGUUCAGUUUCACUUAUAUCCUUAUUGCAAUUACCUUAUAUUUUGGUAAAGUCAUGAUGCUCAGCAAUGAGAUCACUCCGUUCGAUUAUCUCAGAGUGGUCCUGCUGACACAGUUCGGUGCCAACUUUAUCAGUCAGUUGAUUGCAUCGGUAACCGACUUCACAAAAGCUCGAGUUGCAGCGGAAAAUAUUGUGGGUGUGAUUAAUGAGAGCGCGGUGGAUAUGAACAAUUUGAGCGAUGAAGGCUUACGACCGAAAAUCACCGGUCGUUUGAUGUUGAAAAAUGUGGAUUUCCGAUAUCCGUCGAGACCAAUUCUCCCAGUGCUCAAAAAUUUGACGCUCAAGGUUCGACCCGGAGAAUCGGUUGCUAUUGUUGGGCCAUCUGGUUCUGGAAAAAGUUCAGUAUUCGCGUUACUUCAGCGAAUGUAUAUUCCAACCAGUGGAGAAGUGAUCAUCGAUAACCACAAUGUGAAAUCAAUUAAUCCGUCGUAUCUUCGUCGCGUGGUCGUUUCUGUCGGCCAAGAACCAACUCUGUUCUCAUUCACGCUGCGCGAAAAUAUCGCAUAUGGUCUGCCCGAAGAUGAAGCAACCGAACACAAAAUAGUCCAGGCAGCUAAAAUCGCGAAUAUUCACGACUUCAUUGUAUCAUUGCCGCAGGGAUAUGAUACGGAGGUUGGUGAGUUCGGUGCUCAGUUGUCCGGUGGCCAAAAGCAACGAAUCGCCAUUGCACGUGCAAUGAUUCGUGAGCCGAGGGUUCUAUUAUUGGACGAGGCAACGGCGGCUUUGGACACUGCUAGUGAGAAGGCUGUGCAAAUUGCUUUGGAAUCAGCGAGUAAAAAUUGUACUUCUAUACAUAUCGCUCAUCGUCUAUCAUCGAUUCGAACCGUCGACAAAAUCAUCGUUUUGGUUGAUGGAGAGAUUGCUGAACAAGGUUCGGUUGGAAUCCUCUUGAACUUUCAUUAA